CACCACCGCCCGCCUGCCUAGUCCCCGAAAAUGGAAGAUAACUUCGACUUCAGUUCACCGCCCGCGGAACGUCAGCGAACGAUUCAUGCCCAUACGCUGACCGACGAGCAGGUCAAGGACCUAACCGAGGCCUACAAUCUUUUCGAUCAGGAAAAUACGGGCAUGAUUAGCGUCAGGCAGCUGUGGCAGUGCAUGAAAGCCGUCGCUCAUGUGCCCACAGAUUUGGAGCAGACCGAAAUACUCACAGACUUCGAUCCCGACAAUACAGGGGAGUUGACUUUAAGUGACUUUCUGGCUAUAAUGUCGCGACGAUACAGAGAUAUGACGCCCGAAGACGAGGUGAUACUCGCCUUCAAAGUGUUCGACAAGGAGGGCAAUGGAUACAUAUCUGAGUCCGAGUUCCGACACAUUAUGACCAAUCUGGGCGAUAAGAUGUCCGAAGAUGACGUCGAGGAAAUCAUUCGCGACGCGGAUUCAGACACCGAGGGCAACAUUAACUAUGUGGCUUUUGUCGCAAUGAUGUCGGAGCGGUAGGGGGAUGGUUCGGGCAGGCAAAGUAGCUGG